AGAGCUCACAGAGGAGCUUUCCCGAGCUCUCAGCCCAGCAUCAGCAUACACACAACUACACACUUCCUACCUGGAGGACGGCGAGGAUGGACGCUGCAUACAAGAGGGUUAAUGGAAACUACAGCCCAGAGGCAGAAACAGGGGACCAAGUCCCAGGGAAGAGAAGGGGCUCCAUGUACCUGGAGGAGGAGACCAACAAUAAGUCAGAGGUGAUCUCCUGCAUCUUCUCCUUAAAAGAAGAGGUCGGAGCUUUAGCCAAAGCCCUGAGGCUCUUUGAGGAGAAAGGCAUUAACCUGACACACAUCGAGUCCCGUCCAUCGCGCAUGAACAAUGAGCAGCAUGAGUUCUUCAUCAACGUAGACUCCACCUGCUCUCAGGCCCUGGAUGAGGUCAUUGACUGCCUGCGCACACAAAUCAGCGGCCAUGUGCACGAGCUAACACGCAGCAAAGAGAAGGACACAGUGCCAUGGUUCCCCAAUGACAUCCAGGACUUGGACCGUUUUGCCAACCAGAUCCUCAGUUAUGGCUCCGAGCUGGACGCUGAUCACCCGGGCUUCACAGAUCCAGUAUACAGAGCUCGCAGGAAGGAGUUUGCAGAUAUCGCCUACAACUACAGACAUGGCCAGUCCAUUCCCAUGGUGGAGUACACAGAGGAGGAGAAGGCCACCUGGGGCACGGUGUUCAGGGAGCUGAAGACUCUGUACCCGACUCAUGCCUGCCGUGAACACAACCGCGUCUUCCCCCUGCUGGAGAAAUACUGCGGCUACAGGCCAGACAAUAUCCCGCAGCUCGAGGACGUCUCCCGCUUCCUGCAGUCAUGCACAGGUUUCCGGCUUCGCCCCGUAGCCGGCCUGCUCUCGUCCCGCGACUUCCUGGCUGGACUCGCGUUCCGCGUCUUCCAUUCCACGCAGUACAUUCGCCACGGCUCCAAGCCCACGUACACACCUGAGCCGGAUAUCUGCCACGAGCUCCUGGGACACGUUCCUCUGUUUGCUGAUCCAAGCUUUGCGCAGUUCUCACAGGAAAUUGGCCUUGCAUCUCUCGGAGCCCCGGACGAGUACAUUGAGAAACUUGCUACCGUGUACUGGUUCACCGUGGAGUUUGGCCUCUGUAAGCAGGGCUCCGAGAUCAAAGCUUAUGGAGCCGGCUUGCUGUCUUCAUUUGGAGAGCUGGAGUACUCUCUAACAGAAAAGCCCAAACUUCUGCCUUUCGACCCCGAGAAGACGAGCGUCCAGAAGUACCCUAUCACAGAGUACCAGCCGGUUUACUUUGUGGCAGAGAGCUUUGAAGAUGCCAAAGAGAAAGUCAGGAAAUUUGCAGGCACGAUCCCCAGGCCUUUCUCAGUGCGCUACAACCCCUACACCCAGAGCAUCGAAGUGCUGGACAACACCCAGCAGCUCAGGAACCUGGCAGACAGUAUCAACAGUGAGAUGGGGAAAUUGUGCGAAGCCCUGCGGAAGCUGGAAUAACAGGACAGGAGAUCAGACUUGGAGAACCCUCCUGAGAAUUUCUUCUUGGCUUCUUUAAACGUCAUGCUUAGAGAUUCGACUUCUUUGUAUUAAAACACAUACGCAAGUCAGAUAGUGACCAUAUUCUUAUAAUUCAGGUAGUAGGAAACCUGAAAUCCUGUUACUUAUGGAGAAUAGUAAGAUUAUAACCUCAUAAAUGUUACGUGAAGAAUAGCUUUUCAAAAUAAGAGCACUGUAUAAUAAACAUUUCUUUGUUGGCUAUCUGCAUUAAUCAGGUUGUUAUGCUUGUCAAAAUGACAGGAGGAUUUCUGUUAUUAUAUUUCAUUUAAUCUGGAUUAAUUAAAUGUUUUGUAUAUGCAUGACAGUUUAUAAUAAAUAUCUCUUCACUCUGAC